GUCAGAUAGCAGGGUUACUCGACGUUGGCAGCAACCAAUCAGCGUAGAGAGGGUCAGUGCGCCCCUCAAGAGGGCCACAAGCGCGGACACACGAUAGACAGAACACAAUACACACAAUCAUCAACAUCCAUCACUUUUGUGCAAUAUCUCAUUAUAUCUGACAAUUAAGAGUCUCACUGCCUCAAUAACGAGCGAUAAAACCACGAAAAUGGCAACAAUCCAGACCCAACGGGACGCGACGGUCAUCCUCACCGACUCAAGCAACUGGAUCCCUUGGUACCGCCAACUUAAGCUGAAAUGCCAGUCGCAAGGCAUUUGGCCACUGUUGGACCCCGAAGGAGUGCGACUCCAGCGCAUCCAACCGGAGGCUCCGCUACCCCCAGACAUUUCGCAGUAUGAACCGUCAAGUAGCCCCUCAGCUGCCUCAUCGCAUACCACCCGAAACGCUAGAGGCAACACGCGAGGAUCAGCACAAGACACUACAGAAAUGUCGACAACAACCUCACGAAUCCCCACUAUACCAACGCGAGUGUCAGAACUCUCAGAGAAAGGACAAGAAGCGUAUAAGGAGGAUCGCGACGACUACAAGCUGCGCCUUGAGUCAUACAAAAUACGGGAGAGGGACUAUCAAGAAGAAAGCAACAAAAUCUCAAAGAUGGUCGAACACAUCCUUACAACCGUAACACCCCAUUUACAACUUAGCUGUUGCGCCGAGAACGGCACGCCGCGCGACUGGAUAACCGCCCUCCAAGACACAGUUGGAGUGGAUGAAGACGAGGAGAGAGCGCGAGCACGAGAGAGAUACCAAGCCGCACUCAAGCCAAUGCGUUCAACCACAAACUGGGAGACGUGA